UGCCUAAUGCCUUAUAUUUUUUCAUUAUUAUUUCUGAAUUAUUGUAUUUUUCAUUUAAAUUUCGUUAUUUUUGUUUCAUCUAUAUUUUGUUAAGUGUUAUGCGUUAUACGUAAUUUCUAAUUAAUAACCAGGAAAUCACUGAUCGAUAGGUACUAUAAAUAUUGCAGGUGUGCUGUGUGUUAUUCAAAUUUUAAAUCAAAAUACAUAUUUUAAAUUUUACUUUGAUUAUUGUUGUUUAAAAAAUAUGCUUGGUUCGUAUUGUUCUGUUUAUAUUUGUGUUUUGAUUUAUUCUACCUAUAAUUUUGAAAGCUUAUAGUUUUUCGUGAUUUAUUUUCAAUACGUUUAUAACCGUUUGUUAAUACUAUUUAAAAUGAGUGAAAAUUCAGAAAAUAAGGAAAUUAAGACGUCUGGUUUACGACCACCAACGAAAAUUCCCUCAAUAGGAGUGUCGAGGUUACCCAGCUCAUCUUCCAUCAAACUUGAUGGCGUAAGCUCUAUUGCGACCAGACUAGACGGUGGUUCAAGUGUGAAAAAAACUGCAGACAUGGCGUAUGUUAGCAAAAACAAUGAUUUUAAUAAAAAGCCAACAGAUGAACGCAAAUCAUCAAGCGGUUCAGAUUCUUUCAUGGGAGAUGCACGUAGACUAAGUGAAGCCGGUGUAAGACGUAGUUCAGGAAACAGUGUUGUUCUCACAGAAGAUACGGACAAAUUUAUUAUCGGCAAUCGAAUUUGGGUGGGUGGAACUAAACCCGGGCAAAUUGCAUACAUAGGCGAAACUAAUUUUGGAAACGGAGAUUGGGCUGGUGUAGUACUCGAUGAACCAAUUGGUAAAAAUGAUGGGUCCGUGAGUGGAACUAGAUAUUUUCAAUGUGGACCUAAGAGAGGCAUAUUUGCUCGUCUGACUAAUCUCACUUCUGCUCCUUUGAGUUCUGUUGAAGAUUCAAUGGUUCAAAGUUCAUUUGCCGCUACUAAACCAUUAGGGUUUUCAACUCCUAUGCCUAAACGGCAAGGUUCAACUGUAACAGCCACUAAAACUGCCGCAAAAAGUAUUAGUCAAACGCCAAUAGCUAAAAGUAGCAGUGAUUUAAAAAUUGGCGAUCGUGUUAUAAUCAGCAGUGGACAAGGAUCUAAAUUGGGAGUUUUAAGGUAUCGUGGCGCAACUCAAUUUGCACCAGGAGAAUGGUGUGGUAUCGAAUUAGAUGAUCCUCUUGGAAAAAAUAAUGGAAUUGUGGAAGGAAUUAGAUAUUUUGAAUGUGAAGAUAAAUUUGGCUUAUUCACUCCUAUUGCUAAAGUUUCCAAAUCGCCGAUGUCUGCCAGUCGAAUGUCGACCAAUUGUGCUAUUCACAAGGCAAAACGUUCACCAGGUUCUAUGAAUGGAUCUAUGAUCAGUGGUAUUACAUCAACCACCAUGUCAUCGAUACCAACUCGGCCAACAAAGGUAUCAGAUAUGGAUCGAUUGAAAUUGGAAUUAACUCAAAAGAAAAAUGAAAAUGAACUUCUUCGUUCACAAUUUAUUAAAGCUGCAAAUCAAGCUGAUGUUGCUGAAAAAAAAUUGGAGGAAACGUUAAAAGCUCAACUUGAACAGCCAUCAGAAAUUCAAGUCAAUGGUAUAAUAAUGCUACAAAAACAAUUAGAUAAUAUAAAAAAACAAAUAGAUGAUGAAAAAGAAAAAGUUCAAAAUCUACAGUUCACCAAUGAAGAACAAAAUGUUUUAAAUAUUGAACUACAAAAUAAAAACGCUGAACUUUUAAUAAAGAUUAAAGAACUAGAUUUCGAUUUGGCUAAAGAACGAAGUCUAGCUAAAGAUGUAGAAAAAGAAAAAAUGAAAAUUUUUGAAAAAGAAGAAGAAUUAUGUAGAGUAAAAGAAGAGUUAGAAACUCUAAAAAAAUUAAUAGACAACAAUGAAGAUGAAUUACAAAAAUCAGUGUCCAAUUUAAGUUCAGAAGUAGUUGAUAAAGAAGCAAUUUUAAAUACAUUACGUCAAACAUUGAAUGAAAAUUCUCAAACUCAUGAUCGUUUAUUAAAAGAGGCUAAUGAAAAUUUAUCUGCUACCACAGAACGGUUAACCAAAAUAAUAGAAGAAAAAGAAAAAAAAAUUGAACAGAAUCAAGAGAUGAUUGACCAAUUAAACGAGGGUAUAAAAUGUUUGAGUGCAUUAAAGAAUGAAGAACAUGAUGAUAUCGUAAAUAAUCUUAAAAACGAGUUAUUAAAAUUAGAAAAAGAAUACAAAGUAAUCAUUAAUGAAAAAGAACAAGAUACUAAAAUAAUUCAUGAGAAUCAUAUCAAAAUUGAAAAUGAACUCAAACAAGAAUUAAAAAGUUUAUCAGAAAAUAAAAAUCAAGAAAUUGAACAGAUACAACAACAAAAUCUUGAAAAACUUGAAAAACUGGAAAAUGUCAAUCAAAAUUUAAAUACAGAAUUAAAAGCAGCAUUGAAAUCUGUACAAGAUCAAACAACUGUAAUAGCCGAUCUAGAGAAAAAAUAUAAUGAUUUAGAACUUCAACAAGAUUCUACUAGAAAUGAAAUAGAAAAAAAACUAACUACAAAACUUAAAACUGUUGAAAAUGAAUUAACAUGUUUAAAAUCUGAAAAAUCAAUGUUGGAAGAAAAGCAUGAAAUUUAUGUGAAGGAAACAACAAAUGCAACAAACGCCUUGGAAGAUAAAUUAAAACAAAAUAAUAUUUUAAUUGAAAAUUUAAAUAAAUCAUUAAAUGAGUUAACUUUAUCGAAACAAAAUGAAUUAGAUUCCAUGAAAAAACAAAUACUGCAGUUGGAAGGAGAACGGGAUGAAUUAUUAAAACGACAAAGUUUAGAAUUAGCCACUAAAGAUGAAAUAAUAAAUACAUUAUCCAAUAAACUUGAACUGUCAUUAACAGAAAAACAAAAACAAGAUUUAAGUAAUGCUAAUUUACAGACUGAAUUAACAAAUGAAACUACAAAGUAUCAAACGACUAUUAAAGAUUUACAAAACAAGAUUAAUGAAUUAGAAGUAAAUAUUGCAUCAAAUCGAGAAUCAUAUAAAUCAGAACUAGAACUAUUAAGAAAUGAAAAACUAACAAGUACGUCAGAAAAUUUGAAUCUUUUAGAAAAAUUAAAGUCUUUGGAAAAUUCAAAGUUGAAUCUUGAAGAGAAAUUAGCGUCUAAUGAAAUAUGUAUACAAGAUAUUCAACACUUAAAUAAUGUAAUUGAAGAAAAAAAUAAAAUUAUAGAUGAUAAUCAAAUAAAAAUUAAACAGUUAGAUAAUUUUGUUAUACAAACUAAAAAUGAAUACAAAGUUAUUCUACAACAAAAAGAAGAAGAAAUCAAGGAGCUAUUAAAAAUUGGAGAAGAAAAGAUGGAAAUAGAAAAGUUGUCAUUAGAAGAAAAAACUAAAGUUAUAUUAAAUGAUAAAGACAAAGAAAAUUCAAUACUCCACAAAAAAAUUGGAGAUUUAGAAAAUAUCAAAAAAGAUUUAGAAAUACAAUUAGAAACGGGUAAAUCACUUGAACAAGAUUUGAAACAAUCAAAUGAAAUAAUCCAAGACAAAAUUAAAACUAUUAAAGAUAACAAUUUGAAGAUUGAUGAUCUAAAUAAUUUAAUUAGUCUAACCAAAAAUGAAUUUGAAAGCAAAUUACAGGUAAAAGAAGUUGAAAUCAAAGAUUUAUUAAAAACUGCAGAAGAAAAAUUAUUCAUAGAAAAAAAACAAAUGGAAGAACAGAAUAAGGCAAUGCUGAAUGAAAAAAAUAAUGAAAUAUCCAAACUCAUGGAAAAACUUAGUAUUCUGGAGAACUCUAAAACAAGUGUUGAGCAACAAUUAAUUGAAACCAGCAAAAAACAAGAAAAUAUGAUAGCUGAACUUAAAUUAUCAAUUGAAGAGAAAACAAAACUUAUCAAUGAUAAUAACUUAAACAUUGAACAGUUGAAUAGUAUGAUUGAGCAGUGUAAAGAAAGGUUUAAUUCAGAGUUGGAAGAAAAAGAAGAUAAAAUGAAAGAGCUUAUAAAAGUAGGGGAAGAGAAAUUAACGGAAGAAAAAUUAAAAUUAGAAAAACAUUCUAUGCUAAUAUUGGAUGAAAAGAAUAAUGAAAUUACCAAACUUAUGGAAAAACUUAGUAUUCUGGAGAACUCUAAAACAAGUGUUGAGCAACAAUUAAUUGAAACCAGCAAAAAACAAGAAAAUAUGAUAGCUGAACUUAAAUCAUCAAUUGAAGAGAAAACAAAACUAAUCAAUGAUAAUAAUUUAAACAUUGAACAGUUGAAUAGUAUGAUUGAGCAGUGUAAAGAAAAGUUUAAUUCAGAAUUGAAAGAAAAAGAAGAUAAAAUGAAAGAGCUUAUAAAAGUAGGGGAAGAGAAAUUAACAGAUGAAAAAUUAGUAUUAGCAAUGAAUAGUAUGAUCAUGCUGGAUGAAAGAAAUAAUGAAAUUUCCAAUCUCAUGGAAAAACUUAAUAUUUUAGAAAAUUCAAAAUCAAAUUUGGAGAAACAAUUGGAUACUUACAAAAAUCAAGAACAUGAUAUAAUAGAGUUGAAGAAUGCUGUUGAAGAAAAAAAUAAAAUUAUAGAUGAUAAUAAUUCAAAGGUUGAACUUUUAAACAGUCUAAUUACGCAGACUAAAGAAGAUUUUGAUGUGAGGCUCAAGGAAAAAGAAAAUGAAACCAACAAGCUUGUGAAAAUUGUAGAAGAUAAAUUGAAUGUUGAAAAGAAGGCAUUUGAAACUUGUCUGGAUGAAAAAAAUACAGAAAUUAAAAUAUUAAAAAACCAAUUACAUGAGUUUGCAGAAAACAGUACAGAAAAAGAAUUGAUGUUGAAAUUAGAAAAAGAAAAAUUACGGGCAUUGAACUUAGAAGCACUAAAAAUUGAGUUAGAAAAAACUGUGUUACAACAUAAAACUGAAUUGGAGCUAUUAGAAGUAUCCAAAAUUAAUAUGCAAGAAGAAAUGGUUAAAACUAUCGAAAAACAACAAGGUCUUAAUGCCGAACUAACGGCUAAAACUAAAACUGAAUCAGAACGAUUAGAUACUGAAAAAUUAAACAUCCAAAAACAAAUUGAUGGGCUACAGAUUGAGUGUUCUUGGCUACGAUCAACGUUAGAAGAAAAGAACCAUGAAAUUGAAAAUCUAAAAAUUCAAAUGUCUCAAGAGUUGAAGCCUACUGUUUCUUGCGAUGAUGAAUUGAGUCAGUUAAAAGCUUUACUUGAUAAGGGUCACAGUGCUCAAUCUCACUUGGAAUUCCGUAUUCAAGAGUUAACAGAUGAAAACCAUCGUUUAAAUGAACGUAUUGAAGGUGACAGUAAUCUACUUCAGAAGAAUCAUAACAUUAUACAAGAAAAAUAUAACAUUGAAAAAAAAUAUGAAGAAACUUAUAAUACUUUAAAAAUUAAAGAGAAUCAAAUUUUAGUGUUGCAAACUGAGUUGAAUUCUUGGAAAUUAAAGGAUACAGAGAAAUCUAAGAAUAAUAAUGCUCAAGCAAAUACAGAUAAAUCUGAAGCCCAUUUAUUAGCAGAGAAAAAUCAAGAAAUUAAAAUGUUGAAUUCAAUAAUAUUAGGCUUGCAUAAAAAGUUAUCUGCUGUUAUGGAAACUGAUGUUUCCGAAUAUGAAAUUGCGAAAAACCCAGAGAGCGUAUCAAAAGAAGAUUAUCAAAAAUUAUAUAAAACAGCUAAGAACAAUGUUAAACUAAAGGAGUGUGAAAAUUUAUCAUUGAAACAUGAGAUUAAUAAGUUAAAAACAGAAAAUGAUCGUUAUUCUGAGUUUAAAACAAAAUGUGAAAUUUUAGAAAAUGAUAAAAAAACACUUCAAAAAUUGAUAGUUAGCUAUGACAACUCUAUUCCAACAAAUGUUAAAAGUGAUAUUAAAUCUGAAACAGAAAAAAUACUAGAGGAAAAAGACUGGCAAAUUAAUUUGUUAAACAACAUAAUUGCCGAUCUUCAUGCCAAGGUGUCUGAUAAUAAAUUUAAAAUUGAAGCACUAGAAACACAAAUUUUAGACUCUGGAGUAGAUCAAAGCAAAAAAACACGUUUAAGAACUACUCGUCUUUAUUGUGAAAGAUGUGAAAUAUUUGAUUCUCAUGAUACCGAAGAUUGUCCUGAAAAACCAGAAUCUCCAAAAUUCCAAAGGAAACGAAGAGUAGUUAACGAUGGUUCAAAUAAAAUGAUUGAUGAACCAUUUUGUGUAUGUUGUGAUAUGUUUGGACAUACAGCUGACGAAUGUGACAACUCAUUAACAUUUUAGUUUGGUGUGGACUAUGUUGCCGAUUGCUUGGUAUCAAAAUAAUUGUUUAGUAAAUUAAUGUUUUUAUUAUACUUAUUUAGAAUUAUUCAGUAAGACUGAUUUUAAGUACACUUUUAAUUUAAUAGGUAUUCUAAGUGAGAAUUAUUUAUUUAUUGUCUGUUAUACAAUUUAAAUGUGAUAUUAAAUUUUAGUUAGUAAUUCAUACCAUUGAUUAUGUACAGUACUAUAUUAUAAUUAAUGGCGAACAUAGUUUAUUUAAUUUCAACUUUUUUUAAUAUUUUUUUUUGUCAUAACAUUAAUUAAUUAAUAAACAUUAGAGUUUUUUACAGUGAUAAAUAAUUUAUCAUGUUUAAAUCAAACAUCAAUACUGUUCCAAAAGAAAUCAACAAUACUUUUACAACAUAUUUUAUUACUCCCUCUCACUAACCUAAAAUUUGUUUUUACAGCGUUCAAAACAAUGUAAUUAAUAUUUAUAACUUAGUUAUAGCCAUAUUAUAAUACUAGCUAAUUGUAUGUAACUCAUAACUAUUAUAUUUAAAUGUAAUUAUUAUUUAA